UAAUGGAAUAAUAAUAAAUUAAUAAAAAUAAUCAUAUUUUUAUGUAUUAAAUAUUAAGGUAAACAAUCGAAAAUACGGUUAUUUAAACUACCUACAUAAUUCCUGCAAUGGGUGUCCUCCGAAAUGGUCUAAAUUGGUAUGCGAAAAUAAGUCGAUGUGGUGCAAAACCCAUUCCUCCUUACGAACAUGUCGUUCAAAUUGGUGAUCCAAUAUUACGUAGAGUGUGUGAGCCGGUACCACAGAAUGAAAUAAAAAAUGAAAAGACAAUAAAAAUAAUAAAUAAGCUGCACUAUGUGGUCGAUAAAUAUAACAGCUUAGGAAUGUCAGCGCCACAAAUUGGAAUAAACUCAAGAAUAUUUGUUAUGAAAUACACCGCUAAACAAGUUGCUUGUGUACCACCAGAAAUAAUAAGACAAAGGGAUAUCAAAAUAGUACCAUUCACUGUGUUCAUUAAUCCAACAUUAAAGGUUGUUGAUUAUAAAAAAGUGAUUUAUCCAGAAGCAUGUGAAAGUGUAAAGUCUUUUGUUGCUGAUGUUGCCAGAUAUAAUGAAGUAGAAAUAAAAGGGUAUAAUGCUGAAGGUGAAGCUGUGAGUGAAAGAUUUAAGGGUUGGUCUGCCCGAAUAGCACAGCAUGAAAUGGAUCAUUUGGAUGGCAAACUGUAUACUGACAUAAUGGACAGGAAAAGCUUAAGUUGCAGCUGCUGGGAGGAAGUCAAUUUGUCCAGAGGGAAAAUAAAUAUUCCCUUCACCCCUGAGUAGCAAAUCAAUAAAAUAUAUUAAACAGAAGAAAUAAAAUAUAUACCUUUAUAAACAAAACUUUCUUGUUAAAGAAAAGGCUUGUAAAUAAACCAAUUUAUAUGAAGCAAAGUAUUUAUUCUUAAAACCAAUUAAAUAAGUACCAGCUUUGUUUCUAAACUAUUAAGAUAUUAUGUUUAAUAAUAAAGUGGUACAUUUAACAAUUAUUAUUAUAAUAGUUACAUCUUGUUACCAUAAUAUAAAUAAUACUUAUAUCUAGCAUGUUAUUUUCUAUAUAAAUAAUGUUAUAUCUUCAAUUUAAGUUGUGGGAAUAACACGUGUGCAUUGUAAGUGUGCUAAAGACUGGAUUCCUAAAAUAAAGAUGUGUAGACAGCUUUUCCAAACAAAAUGUGAGGCCAGUUUUAUUAUGUAGUGGUUGCCUUACAAAAUAACGCGUAGAUUCCGCUGUUGUUUGGUCUCAGUAUAAUAUGGUUUGCAGAAGUCUGUCUUCAUCUUUAUUUCGUUUUAGAUAUAAUUUAAUAAAUAGCCACCAAAUUAUUUAAAACAGAGUUACAACUAUUCCAUAAAAUGAAGUAUUGUAUAGGUUUAA